AAAUUAUUCAUGGCAUAAUUAGGAGAAGAAUUCAAAGGCAAAGUAGAUGAAUCUCAAAAAGGUGAAAAGGAGUAAUAGGGAUAGGUGGGCUCUUAGAAGGAGGAGAAGAAUGCUGAAUAAAACGAAGAAAAGAAUACAAACUAAUCUUAACCUUUAACACUUUUCGGUGGUUUGAAUUCCUAAUAGAAUUUGUUUAAUAAUAGUGGAAUUAACCUAAAACCAGGCUAAUUAUUUACAGGAAAUAUCUUAAGUUCAUCCACUUAACCAUCAUCAGAAAUAUUUUCAUCAUUGUUUAAUAAUAAUUCCAAUAUAGAAAUUAAACCUGUCCAACCUUAACCCUAGAUCAUUUAACAAGCACAUAAGUAAAGUGAUGGAUCAGAUGAUGAUGGUAAAUAUGCUAAUUAACUUAUGAUUAGAUGAAGAUGAUUUGGAUGAAAAGUACUUGUAGACUGAAUAAAAAUAGGAAUAUGCACCUAACACAAACACAGAACUAAUUACAAAGGUAAAAAUGAUUAAUAAUUUUGCAAAGUAAGAUAUUGAGAAGUUUAGAAAGAAUGCAAAUGGAAUUCUUGAAAAAGGUACUGCUGCAAUUGAAAAAGCAAAUAAUGGGGAAUACUAUUUCUUUGUUUAUAGGUAUCAUAUACAAUUAAAUACAGAAAUGAAAAAUAAGAAAUAGUCUAUGCAGGUUAAUUGAUUAAAGGACUUUCAGUUACUAAACCAUUAGGGUAAAAAUAAGAAAAUCUUCUUCUUAAAGUAUUAGGCAAAAAGGAGUAGGAAAACUAAAAAGAACAAGAAGAAACCACUGAAAACAAAUAGUUUACAAUAGACACAUUAAAAUUGAUGUUCACUUAAGAGGAAGGAGCUAAUGCAUUUAAAUCAGAAUUAUAAAAGUCAUUGUAAUGAGAAUAUGUA